AGAAGGAAAGGAUUGUCCAAGUUUAUAUGAAAAUGAUGUAUAUCCAUGCUAGAAAAUUUUCCAAGCAAGCACGAACAUGGUUUCAUUGCUGUUCAUCAAUUUAAUUUCCCAUGGCAAGCUUGGCUGUUGAUCCAACGGCGGUGAAUGGAUUCUGCGUCCAAGCACUCCACCGUCCUAAACUGUCCAACUUUGUGGCAGCCGUCCACGUUUUCGUAAUCCCAGCACCCUUUCGGUUGCCUCCAAGCAUUAAAAAACUUGCCCAAAACGAACACUCAUUUCGAUAUUCACUGAAGUUUUUACCAAAGAAGCAACAAAAGCAACAAUUUUCAUGAAUCCCAGUGGACAAUCUUCGGCUUUCAUCGCUGAAAUCCUCCAUCCCACCAUCCAAUCAAGCUGUUACUCGAAUGCUACCUCUGCAAAUUCGCUGUUUUUCUCCUUGAAAUUUGACCCAUAAACCCCCUUCCCUUCCUUUUCAAUUUGGGGGUUCUUGUGAGCUUCCUUUCUUCUUGUUUAUCCGAAAAAAAAUGGCUUCCGUCUCAUUUUACCGCCCAAAUUUUGUGUUCUCUUCAUUUCCGAACCGUGUUCCGACCUCAAAUCCUCUAUUUCAUGGAGUCCAAUUCCGAGGUUUAUCCCACCAUAAGCCUUUCCUUCGUGGUUCCCUUGCGGUGGCGAGAUUUGGGUUUCAACCCGAGUUCUUGCCUGACCCGGAUCACGCCGAGGGCUUUGUGAGAGAGUUAUUCGGCAAAGCUGAGAGCGUUCUUUACACGAUUGCCGACGCCGCCGUGUCUGCUUCUCCGGAGGAUGUUACCACCGCCAAACAGACGGAGGAUUGGUUUACGGGGAUCACCAAUUAUAUGGAGAGCGUCCUUAAAAUUCUUAAGGAUGGCCUUUCUGCUGUACAUGUUCCUUAUGCCUAUGGUUUUGCCAUUAUACUCCUUACAGUUCUUGUUAAGGCUGCUACGUUUCCUUUGACGAAGAAGCAGGUAGAAUCUGCAAUGGUGAUGCGUUCUUUGCAACCGCAAGUGAAGGCUGUUCAGCAACGCUACGCUGGGGAUCAGGAGAGGAUUCAAAUUGAGACCGCUCGACUGUACAAAUUAGCUGGCAUAAACCCACUGGCAGGAUGCCUACCCACAUUGGCAACAAUUCCUGUAUGGAUUGGACUAUACAGAGCUCUCUCAAAUGUGGCCAACGAGGGUCUCCUAACGGAAGGUUUUUUCUGGAUACCCUCUCUGGCUGGUCCAACCACAAUUGCUUCUCGACAAAAUGGGAGCGGUAUCUCUUGGCUCUUUCCAUUUGUUGAUGGCCAUCCACCACUUGGGUGGUCAGAUACUUUUGCGUAUCUUGUCCUGCCGGUGUUGCUGGUCGUCUCACAGUACAUCUCUGUUCAAAUUAUGCAAUCGUCGCAGAAUAAUGAUCCAAACAUGAAGAGUUCUCAAGCCAUAUCGAAGUUCCUACCGUUAAUGAUCGGAUAUUUUGCACUUUCAGUUCCUUCUGGUCUAAGCCUUUACUGGCUUACCAAUAACAUCUUGAGCACAGCUCAGCAAGCAUGGCUUCAAAAGUUAGGUGGUGCGAAAACCCCGGACAAACAAUUGAUUGAUGAAAUCAUGAAACAAGAACAACCCCAAAUCCAGAGCCAAGCGCCCAAGUUAGACUCAACCUCGAGUAGCACGGUAGCUCGACAAGAAGAGAAGCUGACAGCAGAAGGGCUAAAACCUGGUGAAAGAUUUAAACAGAUAAAGGAGCAAGAGGCUAGGAUGAGACAGCAAAGUGAAGAAGAAAAAAGGAAAGCUGAAGAGGCAGCCGAGAGUGCCAUUGUUGGAGUUGGUGUCAAUGGCAGUCUUUCUAGAACGGAUGUAAAGGAAGACCAAGGCUCCAUAUCUAUGUCUACCAUGCAACGAACAGAUGUGGAAAACAAGCCAAGUGCAACUCCAGGGGAGGGAGUACACGAGACAUACACUGGAGUGGCCAAGGAUGCCAAACUAAAGGGAGAAGAACAAAGAGAGUAACUGGUUGAGGCAAGAUAGAGAUAGAGAUAGAGAUAGUGUUUUGAUUAUACAAGCCAGUAGGUUAGUUCACAUGGUUGAUAUGGCAGGAAAGGCAAUUGUUUCGUUCAGCUCGAUACCGUGAAGAACACUCCAUCGGAGGUGGUAUUCGAGCUUCUUUUUCCUGAUGGCCAGUUGAGUUUCAGAGUUUACUCGUCCAUCAUAGAUUUGGAUUGGGAAUGAUAUGGAAUGUAAUUUGAAAUCUGUACAAACACAGAUGAGUACUUUCUUUUCAUGUGGGUUUGACUAGAAUGAUGAGUAAUAAUGAAUGGAGCUUAGAACACAUUUUUUGAA